AUGGAAUUACAGGAACUUAAUGGCCAUGAAUUGAGGAAUGAAGAAUUCAACUCUUUGGCAUCUAUUGAAAGGAUUGAUCUUCAGAAUCGUGGGAUUGAAGGACAAUUUCCAACUUUUCAAUACCUUCGAGAAUUAACCUUGGAAGAAUGUGCAAGAUUGAAAUUUGUUUUCUCUCCUCAGCUCUGUCAAAGUCUUCCAAUGUUAGUUAAGGCAGCCAUAUCUGAUUGCGCGGAAUUGGAGGCAAUUUUUUCAGGCAAUGAAGAGACUGAGAAGGGUCUAUAUACAACUGAAGCCUAUCUGCCAAAAUUAGAAAGUUUGAGAAUCUCUAAUUGCAACAAGCUGAAAUUUAUUUUGUCUUUCAUGAUUAAUGCUGCUACCUUAAUGCUUCCACAACUAAGAACUCUAUCGAUAUUAAAGUCUUCUCAGCUAGAAGAAAUUUUCAGGUGUUCUAAUAUUGAAGAUCAUGAUAUUGAUAGUGAAAUGAAGAUUAUGUUUCCAAACUUGAAAAAUGUAGCACUUCUAUGGCUUCCAAGACUUGUUAAUAUCUGCCAAGUGUUUAAGUUGCAGACAAGGGAAUUUUGCAGAGUUGACGUUUAUGAUUGCCCAAAAUUUAUGCCAAUUCUAGGGGCAACUAUGAUGUGGACUAAAGAUGGACGACUUGUAAGGAUGUAUAAAUUGAAAUGCAGCCAAUUAAAUAAUAAUGAAGCCCUCAAUCUUCCACUUUCAGUUCUAAAUGUUGGAGAAGUUGAUAUUCAAAGUCCUAAAGUUGAUCAUGAGUUUGAAGUUAUAGGUGAUGAUGACGAAGAAGAAACCAAGGACUUGAAAUUGUUAUUGGAACAAGAAAUGCUUGGAGGUCUUGCUCCCACACAAGUUUUGAGCUUCCAAUAUCUGCAUUCCUUAACAAUGAUUGGAUGAAAAAAG